AUGAACCAGUUCAAGACAAAACCAAUUAUGUCCAAGAAGAAUUCGACCCCAAUUUCUUGGACUCAAUUAAAUUCUCAGCUCCUUUCAAUCUAAAAUAUAGAUGAAAAUAACCACCAGAAAAUGAUUACAUUUUACACAACUAACCAUCAUGGCUGUAAUGAGCUUUUAUGGCUACUUUCAAGAAUUUGUUGUUGA